AAGGAACAGCCGAUGAUGUGUGGUGUAUGCUUUACAGCCUCACCCUCUUCCUGCUUGUAGAGGAAGCGGCUGUGCCAGCAUGUCCUCUCAUCCCCAGUCUGUGCCGCCGGGUCGGAGAACUUUGGAUACACGGCACCUGCCAAACCCUGCCACCAUACCACUGCAGCUGCAACGAACACACCCGGAAGUGGGACUGGUUGACUACCACUCCCAUCAUGUCAGGGACUACAGCCCUCACCUGACUCAACCCCAUCGCCGUCGUCCGUCCUUACUUUCAGAGUUCCAGCCUGGGAAUGAAAGAGGACAAGAGCAGCACCUCCGCUAUGAGCAUAUCUACCUGCCAGAGCUCCCUGGCCAAUCAGAGAUGGACUAUACAGAGAUCAAGCGCCCUCGUUUAGAGAUGGGACCAGAGUCUCUGGUGAGGCCUUCAUCCCACCGGCAGUCAUUAUCUUUGGGAGUGGCAGAGGAUAUGACAAAGGAGCGUGGAAGUGCCAUUGGGAAGCUGGAGCCCAUCUCUCCUGUGAGUCCGGUCCAGAUGGACACCGAUUUGGAUUUGGUUCCAGCUGGCUUCUCCAAAGAGGAGCUGGUUCAGAAUAUGGAACGUGUUGACAGGGAGAUCAGUAUGGUGGAGCAGCAGAUCUCCAAACUUCGCAAAAAACAGCAACAACUGGAAGAGGAAGCUGCAAAGCCCCAUGAGCCUGAGAGGCCAAUUUCACCACCACCCAGUGAGGCCAAACAUCGCAGCCUGGUGCAGAUCAUCUACGAUGAAAACCGGAAAAAGGCAGAAGAAGCUCACAGGAUACUGGAGGGACUGGGACCCAGGGUAGAGCUGCCUCUGUACAACCAGCCUUCUGAUACCAAGCAGUACCACGAGAACAUCAAAAUAAACCAAGCCAUGAGGAAGAAGCUCAUCUUGUACUUCAAAAGAAGAAAUCAUGCUCGUAAGCAGUGGGAGCAGAAGUUUUGCCAGCGCUAUGACCAGCUAAUGGAGGCCUGGGAAAAGAAAGUGGAGCGCAUCGAAAACAACCCGCGGCGCCGAGCUAAAGAGAGCAAGGUGCGGGAGUACUACGAAAAACAGUUCCCAGAAAUCCGCAAGCAAAGAGAGCUUCAGGAGCGAAUGCAGAGUCGUGUUGGGCAGCGAGGUGGAGGACUGACCUCAUCUGCAGCCCGCAGUGAACAUGAAGUCUCUGAAAUCAUUGAUGGGUUAUCCGAGCAUGAGAACACGGAGAAGCAGAUGCGGCAGCUGGCAGUCAUCCCUCCCAUGCUGUUUGACGCUGAGCAGCAACGCAUCAAGUUUAUCAACAUGAAUGGACUAAUGGAUGACCCCAUGAAGGUUUAUAAGGAUCGGCAAGUUAUGAACAUGUGGAGCGAGCAGGAGAAAGACACUUUCAGAGAAAAGUUCAUCCAGCAUCCCAAAAACUUUGGUCUGAUUGCAUCAUUUUUAGAGAGGAAGACGGUGGCAGAGUGUGUGCUCUUUUACUACUUGACCAAAAAGAAUGAAAACUACAAGAACAUAGUACGAAGGAACAUCAGACGGCGAGGAAGAAGCCAGCAGCAUGGCCAGCAACAGCAGCAGCAGCAACAGCAGCAACAACAGCAGCAACAACAACAAGUGAGCAGAAGCAGCCUGGAGGACAAGGAGAAAGAGGAAAAAGAAAAAGAGGCAGAGCGGGAUGAAGAGAAAAAUGAGGCUGAAGACAAAGAAGAUGGAAUGAAGGACGAUACUUCAGGAGAAGAUGCAGAGGACAAAGAACCCACCGUGGCUGUCAAAGGGAGACGUACUGCCAACAGUCAGGGCCGCCGCAAAGGCCGGGUUACCCGCUCAAUGACCAGUGAAGGGGAGGAAACCACCACACCUCCACUCAACAACGAGCUCGUCACUUUGGAAAUGAAUGAAAGCUCUCGCUGGACUGAAGAAGAGAUGGAAACUGCCAAAAAAGGCCUUCUCCAGUAUGGUAGGAAUUGGUCCGCCAUCGCCAAGAUGGUGGGAUCAAAAACAGUGUCACAGUGCAAAAACUUUUACUUCAACUACAAGAAGAGGCAGAAACUGGAUGAGAUUCUGCAGCAGCAUAAAAUGAAAUCAGAGAAAGAGCGAAAGGCCCGCCGAAGGGGAAAAGCCUCGCAGAAUGAGGAGACCAAUGUUCAGUACGCUGCAGAGGAGGAGGAGAUGGAGGGUUCAGGACCCAGCUGUAAUGAAGAGGAAGCCCCAGAGGAUGGAGAAGGUGGAACGAACAACAGCUCGGACACCGAGAGCUUGCCCUCGCCGCACUCCUCCGAGGACAGCAAGGUUAAAGACGAAGGCUCAAGCAGGCCAAAGGGCAGCUCCAACCCUGUGGACAAGGAGGCCCAGUCAGACAUGGGCCAGGCAGGCGAUGAGAAGCCGCCCGUCAAAGAGGAGGUUGACUCAGCAGUUAAGGAGGAAAUAAAGACUGAGACAGGGGAGCCCAAGAAAGAGCAGCCGCAGCCAGUUUCACCCAACGAUACCGCAGAUAAGAAACCUCCAACAGCAGAAAAGGAAGAAGUCAAAAGCAGCACCAAGAGUUCCAAAAAAGAGCACGCAACCAAAACAGGCUUGCAAGGGGACAGCGACUCUAGUGCCACGUGCAGCGCUGAUGAAGUGGAGGAGGCCGACAAUGUAGACAAGAACAGAAUUUCUUCUCCACGGCCAAGCUUGCUGAACUACACUCAUGAUGGGGUCAUUUCAUCCCCACUACAGAAGCCCAUGGAUCUGAAACAGCUCAAACAGAGGGCUGCCACUAUACCACCAAUUACGCCAGAGGCAUCAGCACAGGGCAGUCAGCGGACUGGGAAGGCAGUGCAGCCCCACCACGCCCUGGCUCUGUACCAGGAACAGAUCACUGCAGCUCAUGGGGAGUCCUCUCAGGAAGUCAAACAACAACAGCAUCUUUCAGGCCAGCCAGGCAAACAGCAGCCUUACACCCCUCAGGCUGACAGAGACCGAGAGGCUCUUAUCAGCACCAGCCCUCACAUUUGCUCUCGUAGCCCCUCCAUCAAUGAAAAAGAUGAGAAGUCCCAAGCUUUCUCUCCACAUGGUGACACUAAGAAGCAGACACUGGGUCCUGAUGACCCCAGGACCUCAAACUGGGGUCGCCCAACUCUCUCCCCAUACUCCGUGUCCUCUCGAGACAUGGCCAAGAUGAGUCAUGACCAGCACCUGCUCCACUUCAACACGUUACAGCAGAUUGGCCACCCCUUACUUGCUGGUCUCCCACCAGAUAGUGUGAGGCUACCAGCAGUGAGACACCUAACAAUGCCAGAACCUCCGCCUCUUAUUUCCUCCACCAAGCCAGGAGGUUCUAUCACACAGGGGACCCCUGUACAGUUACACAGCCCAGCUCAUGGCAUUGACCAUUCAAAGAUGCCUCCGGCACCGAUGGGGGUGUCGUGGAUGGAGAAGAAAGUUUCAGGUAGUUCACCGGUGGUAAAGCGAGAGCAGCUGUCCCCUCACAGUUCCUCCUCUCUACCAGAUAACCUGUCAUCCCAGGGGGGGCCUCUUGAUGCGUCUGGACGUGCAGUCCAAGGAGGGAGUAUCACUAAGGGCUUGCCAGGGACCAGGAUACAUCAAGAUUCUGCAAUUUCCUAUCGAGGAGGCUCCAUUACACAUGGGACACCAGCAGAUGUCCUGUAUAAGGGAACCAUAACGCGUCUAAUCACAGAGGACAGUACCAGCAGAGCUGAGAGGGAGCGAGAAGAAGCACUGUCCAAAGGACAAGUGGUGUAUGAUGGCAACAGUGGACACAUACGCACAUAUGAUCGCCCAGGAGCGCAGACGUGCAAAGAUGAGGGCAGAGGCUCAGGGCAGUCUGGGGAAUAUCUUGGCCUAAAGCGUCCUUAUGAUGUCAUGGAGGGAACCAGAGGGUUGCACAUGAGGGACUCGCUGCCUGCUGCUAAUUGUGAAGGUCUGAUUGGUCGAGCCAUGCCUCAUGAUCGAGACAGUCCACAUCACACACCUUACAAGGAUACCCACCACAUCCGAGGCUCCAUCUCACAAGGUAUACCUCGUCAUCUCGACCCUCAGGAUGGCUACUUAAGGAGAGAAGCUAAGAUGAAGAGAGAAACCUCACCACCCCGUGGGGUCGGUUCCUUUUCUGACCCAAUGAAAGGCAGAGAGACUAUUGUGCCCACUGUGAAGGAGGAUAGACGCUCAAUCCACCUCAUUCCAAGAACUGAGCCCAGACAGCCUGUCAAGGAGGGAAUCAUAGCACCGCAGGAUGCAGCUGGUUCAACGAAACGCCACGAUGUCCGUUCCAUUAUCGCAAGUUCGCCACGUUCCUAUCCCAGUUCAGCCUCCCACCUGGAGAUGCGCUCGGAGAGGGGUCGGUACGAGGAGGUGCCUAAAGGGCGGCCCAGUGCGGUGGUUAGCACAGCAAGCACCAUGGCUCGCUCCUCUCCGCUCACUUUGGGAUCAGAGCAGGGAGGCAAAGCCCAUCACAGCCCAAUGAGCUACGAGGACAAAGGUAGCUUGAGGACAGCUUAUCUUGUUCCUUCACAUCGUGGCUCCCCCUUGCCCAGGGAGGCAAGCCAAAGGCAGCAUGAAGGUUCUGGAAAGACUCCCUCUCAAGAGCGUAAAGCCACACCGACUCCCAGAGAGACAAGUUCCACCAAAUCCCCCCUCUCCAGUGUUGCAGAUCAACAAGCCUACGAGCGUCUGCUUCAAGGCCUCGGCACUACAGACGUGAUUCGUCAGAUCCCCAUAGCUUUUGAUCCUUCUGCGCUGCCCCGCGGUAUUCCUAUUGACCCAGCCGCCUACUUCUUGCCCCGCCACCUUGCUCCCAAUCCGGCGUACCCUCAUCCUUACCCGUACCUCAUUCGUGGCUUUCCUGACACGGCAGCUCUUGAGAACCGCCAGACUCUGCUCAACGACUACAUCACCUCUCAGCAGAUGCACCAGUGGCCUGCUGCCAUGGCUGUUCAACGCUCAGACCUGCUGAGAGGCCUGGCUCCUCGUGACCAGCCACUUCCUCUGCCCUACUCUGCAGCCCCACGUGGAAUCAUCGACCUCUCUCAGGUACCCCAUUUACCUGUCCUGGUCCCUCCCACUGCAGGGACAGCUGGCUCCCCCAUGGAUCGCAUCACGUACAUCCCAGGAACAAGUGCCGCGUUCCCAGGCAGGCCCUACACCACCUCACCCAUCUCCCCCGUUGGAUCCUCACACAUAAACAAAAUGCAGAGUGCGUCUUCAGAGCGUGAGCGGGAAAGAGAACGGGAGCGGGACAGAGAGAGGGAGCGCGAACGGGACCAAGAACGAGACAGAGAGCGGGAAAGAGACCGAAUAAGAGAGCGGGACAGAGAAAGAGACCGCGAUCGGGACCGAGAGAAGGGCGGGUUUUCUGGAAAUGUGGAGCACGCCCCCAUCUGGCGACCAGGUACAGAACACAGCUUGACUAGCAGCAGUAGUGGACGAUCUGCGUCUCAACCAUACAGCCACCAGCACUCCCCGGUGUCCCCUCGCACCCAGGACAACUUGCAGCAGAGACCAAGUGUCCUGCACAACACCGGUACCAAAAGUCUUUCAGUCAGCGAGCACUCGUCUGUCUUACGGCCCAUGCCCUCAGGGCCAUCCCGCUACCAAGCGUACCCCGGCUCUUUACAAAGGACCGGUGUGCCCCCUGAAGGAUACCCACCUGCCAUGGACUCAAAUGUAGCCAAAGAGCCACAGAGCCGCGAUGGAGGCAAAUCCAGGGGAGGUCUACCCAAGCACAUGCAGGGCCAGCACGGGUCCUCCAGUAAAUCUGACCUCAAACUGCCUAGCCCCAGCCCUGGAGAAAUAUACCACACUUCAUAUUCCCCGGCUCCAGGCCGAUCCCAACACCUGCUGCCUCCCCAGCUGGAUAACCCAUCUGGCCGUGAUGAAAGCAGCACAUCUAGUAAAGAAAAGACUCAAAACAAGCAGAUGUCCAUGCAGGAUCCAGACGAUGGGUCAUUUGCUCUGCCACCUGGUCUUUACCGUCCCCCCUCAGAGGAAAGAUUGUCUCCGGGCCAACAGCCCCCGUCCCCCUGUGUCAAAGGCAGCCAAAGGGUGGUCACUCUGGCACAGCACAUCAGUGAGGUGAUCACUAAAGACUACAGGCAGAGCCAGCAGCAGCAAAGCUAUCAUAGCUCCCCUAUCCUGGACCUGACCCGUCCACCCAGUGCCUCCCAGUCUCUGCCCACUUCACAGGAGUCUGCCCAAGGGUCCCGCUAUCCAGAUGGUCUCAGUGGAGACUGUAACAGAGACCGGUCUCCGCCUCAGUCCAAGUCUUCACCUGUCAGUGUUUCAAAUGACUGCAUUGAACCGGUGUCUCCUCCUGGAGCCUCCUCUGAGCCUGACAUCCAGGGAGGAGCCUCUUACCUCAUCGAGCAAGGAGAGCACGGACUGGGCUCCCGUUCUCCUCCCAACUCCUCGCAGCAUCCAGCUUUCUUCAGCAAGCUGACGGAGAGCACCUCCGCCAUCGUGAAGUCUAAGAAGCAGGAGAUGAGCAAGAAGAUGACGGUUACAGGAAAUGACAACAAAUUUAAUGCUGGUCAGCCAGGAACAGAAAUCUUCAACAUGCCAGCAUCCACAGCUGCAGUGACGGUGAGCGAGCGCAGCCACCCCGCCCCAGAGGCACACGGGAACUCGAUAGGCCUGGAGGCCAUCAUCAGAAAGGCCUUGAUGGGGAAGUACGAGGAUUCAUCCGAGGAGCGCUCUCCAUCCAGCACCACCAACCCAGCGGGUUCUGCUGCAUCUUCUGAUGGACGAACUGAAGACUCUUUCUCACAAGGUGGCUCAAAGUCCACAAAGGGCAGUGGGCGCUCCAAUGGGCGUAAGGCCAAGUCCCCAGGACCAGGUCUGUCUGGCAGUGAGAGACCUUCCUCUGUGUCCUCAGUUCACUCUGAAGGAGACUGCAACAGAAGAACUCCACUGACUAACCGCGUGUGGGAGGACCGGCCUUUGUCUGCAGGUUCAACGCCAACCCCCUUUCCAUGUAACCUACUGAUGAUACGUUUCCCAAGUGGGACGGUUUCAGCUCAUUCCCCCUCCUCUGGUCACCAGGGGGGCCAAGGCCCAGGCCCAGGGCCUGGACAGGGUCGCUCCUGGGAAGAGGAGCCUAAACCUCUGCUCAUGUCUCAGUACGAGACCCUGUCUGACAGCGAGUAACCCAGAAAUGCCACUGCACAACCAGGACCUGCUAACGAGUCAGCUGCAGUUACACACACACUCACACACACUCACACACAGUGCUGCUGAGACGUCUGCAGACCACCCACCAUGUUUCCAACCUGCGUCUCUUUCAUUAGAUCUUAGUCUCCUCUCAUGGACCUGAGAUGGUGAAGUGGAGCUCUGCUGCUCCGUGUGUCUGCUCUUACGUCAUGCAUUCACUCCAGGACUGCUCUGAAGGACAAAUCACUCUUUUUCUUUACUAUGAUUCCUCACUGGCCUUAUCAGUACAGACACGUUGAGCUGUACCUUUGGGAUGACGGAUCAUUUGUUGGACCUGACAGCACAGUGAGGACCGGCACGCUUCUUCACAGUGAACUCCAGGGGCAGGAGGCCUGCCACCACUACAGUGAUAAACGCACGGAGACGGGAGGAGAUCCAACAUCAUUUUUCUUCUUUAACUUCUGUCGGUCUGGUCUCGUGUUUGUGAGCUGAGACUUUUAGUACAAAUUGAUGGUGAACUUUUGAUGGUGUCAUUUGUUGUCGGU